AUGGCGAGCGGUGUGGUGUCGGAGGGACGGUCUCUGGGCGGGCGUAGUGCCAGCGGUGGGGCCUCUGCCGUGCUGCCAGAGCGGGCCUGCUCCUCCCGGAUGGGCUGUGGCGGGAACUGUCACGUAGAGGAUGGCCUACAGAGAUCAGCCAUCAUGAUUCUAUGGCCAUUACUGCUGUCUGCUGCCAUCCCAGCUCAGAUACAGAGUGUAAAGCCUUACAAAUCAUGUCAGAGGAGUCAUUCUUCCCAAGAUGAUUAUUCAAAGGAUUUUGAAGGUCUGAAUAGCUUUGAAGAGCUAUUUGGGCAGCAACAUGAGCAUUUGAGAGCGAAAGAAGAUUAUUGUUUUAAGCCCAAAUAUGUUGCUUUAAAUGUAAAUGAAACACUUUUAGAACUGUUUAAAAAAGUAGGUGUACUACAGCGUAUGAAAAGGGAAUAUGCUAGAGUUGUAGGCAAUCAGUUACAAGAACCUGGUCUUGUGGUAGAAAUAAUAUACCUUACAUGUAUAUGUUAUUACAAGUCAGAUCUCACACGUGUGCUCCAAGAAGUUAAAAAUGAUGGUCCUAUUCUUCAACAGCCCAGUGUAGCACUUUCGCCUUGCACUGUAAUCAUGCCUUCAUUAUUCUUGUGUCAUAACAUGCGUGUGGAGGAAGCGCUGGCUCUGGUAGUUAAAGCUUUUGGGAAUACAUUUGCUGGGUGUGAGCAACAGGAGGGUACCAGGAUUUCACACACAGCUGAUCCGCUGGUGAGCCUCUGGGCGUCGGGUGUAUUUCUGUUAAGUGCAGGGAAAGACUUGGAUGGGGUGGAGUUGAACUCAGUGAGUGACUAUGCAAAGACCAGAAAAGAAUUGCCUACUGCUUUUGUUCGUUAA